AUGAGAUAUUACCGCGAGAAUGGUCAUACGACGAACCAAUGUUACAAACUCCAGGAUGAGAUCGAAGCAUUAAUUAGGCGAGGUCGUCUAAGCCGAUUUGUGGGUGAGAAGAAGCAACCAGAGCAACAUGACAACACACCAAAUAAGCAACCACAUGCUACGAAAGACUUCAAUGUUAUCUCAGGUGGAACAACUAUAGCUAAGGACUCCAACAAAGCACGAAAAGAGUAUGCGCGACGUACCCAAGGUGGACUCGAGGCCCUCUCUGUUGGUACAGGCUACCGAACUUCGAAGUCACCCAAGCUUGGGUACUCAGCGAUCACCUUUAACGAGGAAGAGGAAAGAGGUGUAGUUCAUCCGCAUGAUGACCCAUUCAUAAUCCAGGCUGAGAUCGCAAAUUGUUGUGUGAAACGGGUCUUCAUUGACACAGGCAGUUCGGUUAAUAUCAUCUUUACAUACAUAUGGAGAUAUCACGAGAAAAGCUUAAGCCAGUGGUCACUCCCUUGCUCGGAUUCACUGAGGACAGCAUUAACUCCAUUGGAAGCGUAA